CUACGCUGAGAAAGGCCUAACGAAACAUGUCGUUUUCAUCUUCUUCUUCUUCUUCUUCGAUCUCACCGCUGUUAAUUCUUCUGAUAUUAUCAGCCAUUCUCUGUGGUACUGCGUUUUCACAAAACGACGUCCAAAGAGAGGCUUUUUCUUGUAGCGAUUAUUUUCCGAAUCUAAACUGCAAAGAAAUGAACAUCACAAAUGGCAAGAGUCUUCGGACUCUUGACGCCGUGUUCGGGUGGAACGUCGUCCUGGACCGCCAAAACGGCACCAACGGCUCGACGUUCGGCCUCGAUGUGAUGUUCGGCGCCACCCUGGAGAUGGGCCCGCCGGCGUGGAUAGCUUGGGGCGUCAACCCGGAAAAACGACCGGAGAUGAUUGGAACCAAGGCCAUCAUCGGCAUUAUUCCGAAAACUGAAAACUCAGGGAUGGAGGUGAGGACGUACGAGAUUACGAAGGAGACGAGGAUGGGAUGCCACCUGGAAGAAUCACCGCAUCUUGCGGGAGUGCAAGUCAAGAAUACGACAAUAUGGUACGAUCAAGCGAAGGGCCUGUACAUAGUCUCCGCAAGAUUGGUGCUUAAUGCUACCAUGUACAACGUAUCGAGGCUGGGCCACGUGUGGCAAAUCGGGUACAAGUUGAGAAAUGACGAUAAUAACCCUCAAAGCCAUCCAACGACUCUUCGGAAUGUUGAUAGCACCGAGACCAUUGACUUGAUUCACAGCGUGAGCUAUGGACAAAACAGGGCUCUCCUAAGAAAGGUACAUGGGGCUUUGAACAUAGCAGGAUGGGGAACUUUCCUGCCUAUCGGAGUGAUUGUAGCAAGGUACUUCAGAGUAUAUCCAUUCCAGUGCAAGAAAUGGUGGUUCUACUUACACAUUGCCUGCCAAUCUGCUGGUUACGUCAUGGGUACUGCUGGAUGGGCUAUUGGACUCUGGCUUGGUCGAGCCUCCAGAUAUUAUAUCUUUCAUACUCAUCGCACCUUUGCUAUCAUUAUCUUCACUUUCACCACUAUCCAAAUGUUGGCAUUGCGAUUGAAACCAACCGAGAAAGAUGAGUAUCGAAAAUAUUGGAAUAUGUACCAUCAUUUUUUGGGGUAUGGACUUUUGGUGAUCAUAAUCAUGAACAUAUUCAAAGGAAUUUCCAUUCUGCAAGCUGGGAAGGGAUGGAAAUGGGCAUACAUUGGAAUUCUUGCGCUUCUUGGGGCCAUUAUAUUAGGUUUAGAGAUUUUCACUUGGGGUAAGUUCUUGUAUUACAAACAUAAAGCGAAGAAGAGGGAACCAGAAAACCAACAAAAGGCAGAAGAUGAGAACAAAAGAUCUGAAGCAGGAGACAAAUCCUAGCUGCAGCCAUAAGAGAAAUUAAUAAACCACUUGUUUUGGUUUCUGCUCUCUAUCAUUUAAAUAUAUAAACAUUAUAUGAAUGAUUUUUUUGAUGUAUUGAUUUAAAUAUACUUGAUUGUUUGAAUGUUGUACUUUUUUUUGUUUAAUUAUUGAAGAAUAAGAACAUGUUUUGUUUAUUAA